AUGAAACACCCAGAAAAUGAAGAUCAAACAGGAAAAAAGGAAAUGGAAGUGAAACCAGAGGCAAAAAAAAAUAUAUAUUCAAGUAAUGAAAGCUUUGAAUGCAAACCGACUGAUUAUGUUGAUUUCCAAAGUAAUGAGAAAAACUGUAGCAAUUCCGAAAAAAUCACAGGAGAGUGUAAUUUAACUAGUAAGACAGACAAAACACAAAUAGAAGAUUCAACCAUUGCACUAUAUAGCUCAAGUAAUAAUAAUAAUCAUCAUGGUUCAUUGGAGUUAAUAAAUGAAAAAGGUGAUACUUGUUUUAAAGGAGAAGACUUGGAGUUAAGUAAAGAUAAUUCUAUCAUUUUCAACUCUGAAAAAUUUAAAUUCCUAAGUUUGAAUGAAACUAAAUUAAAUAAUUUUGAUGAAGAUUUUCAUCGCCAUCAAAAUACAUCUGAGAUGCCUUCUGAUAUUAAAACGGUUGUUUUGGAAAAAUCGGAAAAAUGCAGUGAAACUGUUAACUCUCGUCAAAUAAAUCAAUCGAAUUUUGAAGAUUCAAAUCAUCUAAUUGAAAAAAAAGAUAAUAAAAUAUUCAGAUCCGCUCAAAAAUUUGAUGAAACUAAUUAUUCGAAAGAAAUCCUUGUCUAUCAUAAAAAUUCUGAAAAAAUAUUUGGCAAUGAUUCAAUGAAAAGAAGAGAAGAAAUUAAAGAGUUACUAGAUAAUAUUAGCUUAUUAAAAAGUAGAUCUAGCCAGAAUAAUAUUAAUAUAGUAACAAAAUUAUUAAAUUCAAAAGGAGUUUACAAUGGAAUGCUAACAGAAUUGCCAUUGUAUGAAGAGUUAUUAAAAUACCUACUUGAAAAACGUAAUUUAAGUGAGGAGAGGUUCGAAUCUAAUGAUUUUGAAGAUAAUGAGUUAUUAUUUGAUCAGUUUGAUGACAAUUUUGGAACUUUAGUGAACAGAAAAAAAAAUAAUAUAGAAAUUUAUUCUAAAAGAAGAACAGUAUUCGAAGGUAUUGUAGAUUUUGCAGUAAAGAGAAUUUGUAUUGACAAAUAUUGUGUUAAUCAAUUAGAAAGACCUAAACUAAAUUAUGAGUGCGUGCUUCUAAAGCCUUUGAAUGCUUACCUGGAAUUAUUUAAUCGAGAUAGUAUCGUUUUUUUUGAAGAUACAAUAGUCCAUGACGAAUAUCUCAAAACCAGCUUAAUUCCUUUUCAAGCCAAUAAUAAGUCUUUAUAUUUAUCUAAUGCAAGCUUAAAUUAUAAAAUAGAUAAAGUUAAGAAAGAAAUAGACAUAGUAUCAGGUUGCUUGAUUGAUAAAGAAUGGAAAAUAUUUGAAAAAAGCAUAGAAGAGUUUAAAGUUUUAAUAAAGAAUUUAGAAAAGAAUGGCUUUAAUUUGCUUAAAAAAAAUUCAUAUAGUUAUUUUCAGGAUAAAAGUUUUGGUGGAAGAUUUAACGAAGUUAAAUUAAAUGGCAGCUUAAAAAACCUAGAUUUGAAUGAUAUUUCAAUUGUUAAAGUAAGUUUAGGAAGUGGAAUCAGAUACCUUAAAGAAAGUUUGAAUGAUGAACUAUGCAAAAAAUUAGAAGUGAUUGAACGCAGAUUAGAUUCUUUAAACAAGUUUCUUUUGCUUAGAGAAGAGAGUAACGAAGAAUUGAAUGGUGAAACGAUUUUGAGCAAAUUGCAAAAUUUAGAAAAUAUGUUACAAACUAUCAUCCCCAAAUCCCAUUUAGUUGCAGAUAAUUUUCAAACAAAAAUAAAGAUGGAGAACAGUUUAUUAAAUGGGUUUGUAAUAGGUGAUAUUCGGAAAUCAGACCUAAAGAAGAUAUCAAAUCUUGUAAAAUCUAAAGUCUCAUCAUACGCAGGAAGAAGAAGUUCAAAAUAUGAAACUGAACGAUGUAAUAAUGAAAUUAAUGAAACUGAAUCAUAUAAAACUGCCGAAAAUGAACAAAUUAAUUCAUUGUUAAAAGAGCUAGAUACAAUAGGAAAUAAAGAGUCUAUUUUUUGUUUUGAUGAUUUUCCAGUCAUAACAGCUAGAUUAAUUGAAAAAGAAAGUAUUAUUGAAUUUUUUCUCUCCACAAUUGAAAGAUUUGAAAGAUUUAAGAGUAUGCACAUAGAAAACCAAAUUAACUUAGAAAAAAUUCAAGGAAUCACGAGCAUCUUAUUAGAUACCAUGAAAGCAAAUAUUAAAAAAUUUGAUUAA